GCUAAUGACUGUGUGGGCUGUCCAAGCUGGAGUUCAUUUUCCUGUUGCAGCUCAGCAGCAGAAGAGGUGUGAGGGACAGAGAGCAAACGUCUGGAGAUGAAUCUGUACAGGAGCUUUGGAAACCUCAUGGAGGCUUGGAUAACUGAAGAAGGUCAGUGUUCGUACUCAGAGGGGCAGGAAAAUAAUGAUGAAGACUCUUCUUCACUUUCCUCUCCCAUGGGGACUAACCCGCGCUCAGAAUCGGUGGACUCUGGAGUGGAGACAGCCAGCUCUGACAUGUCAUUUCCUGCCACUUCCUGCUCCAUCUCAACAGAUAACACAGAAAUAGAGACCUUUACAUCAGAAGGAGAAGUCUCAACAUCACAGUCUCCUGUCCUCUCCUCCCCUCUGCCUUCUUCUUCUUCACCUUCCUCCCCACGCCUUUGUUCCACCAGAGCUCAGGAAGGCUCUAUUGCCUUGCACCAAAGAGUGGAGGAAGCACUGCAAAGGACUCACUCUAAGCUUAUAAAGGACAACACACUGCCCCUUACAGUGGACGAUGUGCUCAGGCGACAGCCUCGGGCAUCUUUUCUACCCAAACGACACGCAUCGGAGUUAGUGAGAGGUCAGAGGUCAGAGAGCUUUGGCCUCAGGAGGACCGUCAACCCAUUAGUCCCCAUGGGCCUGACUCGAAGACGACCGAUGUCUAUGAUUUCUUACAAGCAACCAGCUCAGACAAGAUUAGAGGACCUCAGUGAGACGGAGGAAAAGGGACUGAGUCCGGGGCUCAGCUACUUGGAGGAGGUGUGCCAGAUGUUAGAAGAAAUUGCUAGAAAACAGAUGCACAACCAAGCAUUACAGAUGGGGAUGAAUGUCCUACAGGAGUAUCAAGACAUGGAGGCUCUUGACACCUGUCAGAGCGGCUUUCAAAGUGCUGAUGAGGACCUUUCUUCUUGUCGAAGGCCUGAAAAUAAAACAAGGGCAGAGUGCAGUUCCAGUGAACCCCAGCGGAGGAAAGACUAUCGCAGACAUUUUCGGCAGAGAUCAGCUUCGGACACGACCAUUGCAGCGCUGCAUUUAAGAAAGUUAAAAGCAGACUGCAGAGGGCAGCAUCUGAGUACAGAUGACCUGCUGGAGAAGACAGAGGAAGACCAUAAAAAGCAGGAAUCUAAAGAGGAGGAGAGGAGUAAAAUCAACAUGAACUGGAAGUUUAAAAUGAUGUCUUUGGGAAGAGAGACAUCCCUGCGAGACAGAAAGAGCCAACAGAUGCAGUCAGCUGAGAAAAACUCAGCCCGGCGACGGUUCAUCCAGCUGUUCAGGAGGAAAACUCUUCUUGUAUAAAUGAGGCUGGACAUUUUGGUUUUAUUCUUAAGAGGAGAAAGCUUCCCUGUCACUGCUUUCAAAAUGACCUCCUAUUCAGUGCAUGUGAAGUAGCAAUCUGCCAUGUCUGCUAUGUCUAUAUUGCCUUUAUAAUUUAUGCUGAUAAAUAAUGAUGUGAUGGAGAGUUAAAUAUCUUGUAGCACUACAAAGUUCGACUUUACAAAAAUCAAACUUGUAUUUAUUUUUUCCCAGUCAAAGCUGCAGAUUGGUUAAUAAAACUGAUUUCCAUAAUAUUUCACUGUACAUGUCAAGUAACAUAGUGUAAAUAUAACUCUCUGAAAGUCUUUUUCA